AUGCUUCCAACUAUUUUCAUUUUCAUGAUCUUUACCUCAGUUGUUCAAUCAUUAAUAUAUCCAUCAUGUGAAUUUCAAUUGAAAAUCGGCGAUUCAGAUCCGAAAAGAACUUCAUUACCAGUUGAAUGUGAAUUAUCCGAAGAAGACAUUGGUUUAUACAAAUUAUUUCUUUCAAUUGAAUAUUUCAUCAAUAAUGUUUAUGUUUGGUGGAGUCCAAUAUCGAAUUCAAUUGUUACAAAAUCUAAUUCGAUCAUAAAUUCCAACCCGAAGAAGCGAAACAAAUGUUUGUUUCUUUGA